AUGACGGAAAUGAGGGAUUCAAAAAUCGUCGAUAGACUAACUUUGCAGCAAUUUGAGGUUAUUCAUAUUUUUUCAGUAAAUAGCUUUUCCCGUUUUCAGAGUCUGGCCAAAAAGGAAUUUGAAGUGAUGGAGCAAAUUAUGCUUCAAGUUAAUCUACUUCUAAAAAUAAGAAACGAGAACAUUGAGAAGCAGGUGACAUCGAAUAAAAUAAAAAAGCACACAGAAAAUUCAGAUAAUUGCCGAGAAUUCGCGAGUGAGUUACUCCCGAACAAUGAGCAAUGUUACGGAAAAAGUUCUCUCCUCUCUGAAAGUUAAUACAGGUCGGAAAAAAAAAUGAUUAUUUUUCCCUCUCAUUUCUAUUUAGCUUUUCAGAACUGAGCAGUCGUGUCAAGAAAGGCGAUUAUUCGUUUUUGGAAGAGAAGAAGUCAGAUGAAAACGCUUCAGUUUCCCAGAAAGAAGUGCCGAAUGAGCCACAAAUUGAUAAUUUCAGGCCUGUUGAAAUCAGUGGUUCGGAAGAUUAAAAUUUACAGUUUCAAUCAAUUUCUUUCAGUUCCUAUUUUCACUUCGUCUUUUGGAAAACAAUUGACAGCUGAUAUGGAAAGGAAGACGAACAUAAAUUUGAAGAAGCAGGUACCCUUGCAAGAGGUUUUUGAAGUUAUAUAGUUUGUUCUAAAACUGUCGUUUAUAGUCAAAGAGUGUUGUUCUACCACGACGGCGUAUUUUGACACCCAACAGUUUGAAUGGGUCUUUUUUGAACCUUGAGAAUGGUAUAAAAUCUGUCAAGGUUCCGUGUUUAUUUUUUUAAAUUCAGAAAUAACACUCUUGGAAGUCAACAAACUCAAGUUAGACUUUCCUGAAAGUGAUGGAGAAGACAGCGAUUCUGAAAGAGGUGCACAAAAUCUCUUGAAAGUAAGAAAGCAUUUUAGCUUCACAAAAAAAAAGUUGAAUUUGCAGCAAAUAGAAGUUGAAAAAAGACAAUCGCCUAUUUUCACGUCGAGGGCAGGAACCGAACUCAGAUCUGCGGUGAAAACGAUCAAGAAGGUUGAUGAGAAUUUUUUUCAUGCACAAUGA